AUGCAGAAAUCAAAUAUUGGUCCUAAAUUACUGUUAAAACUUAAUAUAAAAGUAGGACCAGAUGAUGAUACAGUAUCAGAUGAAGUUUUUAGUUAAGUUUUGAAUAAUUAAUUCUUGAUUAAAGAAUAAUAAAGGUAUGAUGCAAAAGGUAGGUAGAUUACAAAAGGCAAGAAUUACUCAAUAGAAUUUGAUAAUUGUGUUACAGUAUGUGUAUAUGAUCCAAAUGAUGAAGUCUUAUAAAUCAAAGAAACUCUUUCUCAAAUUUCAAAUCUUGAUAUAAUGAAAGUUAACUUCAGAAACUAACAUUAUAUUAAUAAUGAACAAUAAUUAACUGAAUAAUAAUUAAAGCCAAUUUUGAAAAGAAAUUGCUCAGUGUAUCCAAAAGUAUAGAAAUAAGGAUGA